ACUGUACAUGGUAUUACGCACACUGUAGUGUCAUUGUUUUAUCUUCCAGAAUGUCGUUCAUAUUCAAAUGCCAUUUUCAUUAUGCCUACACAUACAUCAACAUAUAAAACUAAUAGAAAUGAAAUCACUGUAAAUUCUUUGUUUUUAUCUCUAAUAAGGGAAGAAUGUUGGUUCAAAAAAGUCGGACGGCCGAGACCGUCUAUUAAACGACCCAUUGAAGAAAUUAAUCCUGCAGAACUAUCAAUAUUUAAACGUUCAAGGAAUACUGAAAACUCCAUUAAAACAUCGGAUUCUCCACAUGGAAAGGGAACGGUGUACAAAGGAUUAAGCAGUCAACUUAAACUAUACCAUGAUUUCCAAUGGAGCAAAACAUCGGAAUAUUUUUGGCCUGCAAGAAUAGGGGAUUAUUCUCCAUUGAGUCCAGACGGAGAGCCUUUGGAACGGCAGAGUAAAAUAGGAUUGGAUUUUUGGCGUUGGAACAGAGAAACAGCGCCCCUAGGUUAUGUACCACCCUUGUGUACGUGUAAACGCACAAAUGACUGUAUUUCUACCCUUGCUACAUAUGGAAAUGGAUUUUUCUCCACCGGUGAAUACUCGGUCUGUGAUAACGAUAUUUGUAGAGGACUUUUGUACAUACCAUAUAGUCUCCUGGAAAUUCCACUCAACAGAGUUAUAAGCAAUGGUAGUGAAUUUGCUACAAAUGUCAAAGUACCAGAUUCUACUGAUAUUUAUUGCGGCAAUAUGAAACACACACUCAUUUUAUGUACAAAGCAUAAAGAGCAUGAAGAAGCAUGUCUAACGGCUAUAAGAGAGAGUGACGUAACACCACCUAUCAUUUACGAUGUGGUAAAAGGCCAUUUUUUGCCGUACUUCAAAAGAUAUAUACCAAGCUCCAGGUUUAAUACGCCUACUAUGGCAGUUGAACCUAUAGAUUCGGAUGUUUCUGAUUCAGAAGAUUAUGGAAUAGGUCAACUAUUUGCAGUGAAGCAGGACUAUAAUAGUUUAUCAAUUUUAAAGUAUGAUUUGACAACUAAAAAAACGGCUCCAUUAGAUACUAAUUUGCGACUUCGCUGGAAAAAUACGUCUGGUGACGAUUCAGAUGGUUGCGAAGAAAGUGCCAGCCUCCCAGAUUGCAAUAUUUUAUCUGAAGAAAAUUAUAUAAUAUAUGAACUUAUAGAAUCUUUUUCAUCCGAGAGAAGGCCGUUAUCAUUUUCUCUUAGAUCAGAGAAUAAUGCAAAUAUGACUCAUAUAUCUAAUGAUGGAUACGAAAUCGGGAACAUAAAUAACAUUCUAUCAGACCAUUACAGUGAUACAGAAGCUGCAGCAGAUAAUUUUGAGACAUUAGAUAAAAGAAGAUUAGAAACAUUGUGCAUAUUAAGUACACUUGAUAAUUUUUACACUUAA